AGAUAGAAAUACAUGUAUGAAAUUUAUUUACUUGGCGCACUAUCAAUGCUAUGUAAUAAUGUAUUAUGUCAUAUCAUAGGACUCAUGUAUUCCUUAGGUAGUGUUAAACGUUAUGAAUACAUACAGUGGAAUGGAGCAUGUGUUGUUUCAUAUUGACAAUGAAUCUGAGAACAAAAAGAUAGCUGCUCAGGAUUGUUUGCGUUAUGAUGUGGCACCGUGAAUUGUAUCAAAAUUUAAUCUACGUGCAAUUGGAAGUGAAUAGAUCGUUUGUCAAAAUUUUCAUUACUAAAUAAUACAUAGGAAAUAUAACCUCAACAAAUUUUGUUUUUUUGUGAAUUAAUCAUAAUUUGAGGUAGUAAUUUUGUGUUAAAUUGACACUGACGUGUCAGAAUUACGUAACUUUCUCCGAAGAUAUUGUUUUUCCUAUGUGUCAUUAAGAUAAAGAAUAGUCGGUUUCCUGCAGCUCAAAGUUUGGUUAAGUGUCUGCCUACGUGUCAAACAAGCACGAAAAAUAUAAAAAGAAACAAUGGGAAAUGAAUCUUGGAAUGUGCUGGUGACGGGAGGUGCUGGUUAUAUUGGUUCUCAUACGGUAUUGGAACUAUUAGCUGCCAAUUUUAAGGUGGUGGUAAUAGACAAUCUUAGUAAUACUUACAAAGGCGACAAUGAUUUAAAACCAGAAUGUUUACUGAGAGUAGAAAAAUUAACAAACAAACAAAUUAUAUUUAUUCCUUGUGAUAUAACAAACAUUAAAGAGUUAAAAGAUAUAUUUAAGAAGUAUAAAUAUCAUUGCGUUAUACAUUUUGCUGCUUUGAAAGCAGUGGGUGAAUCAUGCGAGAAACCAUUGGAGUAUUACAAAACCAAUAUCAGUGGAACUCUGAAUUUGUUAGAAACAAUGAGGGAGUACAAUGUAAAGCAUUUAAUUUAUUCUAGUAGUGCCACUGUUUAUGGAGUACCCGAAAAGCUUCCACUAAAUGAAAAUAUGAAGACCGGUAAUUGCACGAAUCCUUAUGGAAAAACAAAGUACAUGGUUGAAGAAAUUUUAAAAGAUUUGUGUGCGUCUGACGAGGCAUGGUCCGUCAUAUCUCUCAGAUAUUUCAAUCCGGUUGGAGCUCAUCCUUCCGGUCAGAUUGGAGAAGAUCCCAAUGGAAUACCUAACAAUCUGAUGCCAUAUAUCGCUCAAGUAUCUGUUGGAAAAAGAGAAAUGCUACACAUUUAUGGCGAUGAUUACGAUACCGUUGAUGGAACAGGCGUCCGUGAUUAUAUUCACAUUGUGGACUUGGCAUCGGGUCAUGUGAAAGCAAUGAUCUAUCAAAAAACUAAAGAUUCAAGUGGAUUCAAAGCGAUCAAUUUGGGUACUGGAAAGGGUUAUUCGGUGCUUGAAGUUGUCAGUGCCUUCGAAAAGGCAUCUGGUCAGAAGAUACCGUACAAAAUUGUUCCACGUAGAGCAGGAGAUAUAUCUGCCAGUUACGCGGAUGCUACUAUAGCUAAUAAAGAAUUAGGAUGGCGAGCCACUAAGAAUAUUGAUGACAUGUGCGCAGAUGCAUGGAUGUGGCAACAAAAUAACCCAAAUGGUUAUAAGAAAUAUUAAUUAUAAUUGCUAAUGCAUUUAUCUGUUAAAUAUUGUUGUAAUUGUUUUACCAUUUUUAACGAUACAACUCUAGUUAUUUAAAUACAAGCCAUGGUGGUAUCUGGUUACCAAAGUUUCGACCAAAGCUCAACAUAAAUGUAUAUUUAUCUACUGAUAAGCCAUUCCUAUGUUGAAAUUGAUUUACUUUCCAUAAUAUGGUGUAGAUAUAGAAUAAUCAAAAACAUUGAUCUUUUAUAUGGAAGAAAUGAGUACGUAUUACUAUUAAACUAUUGUGCCAUAUGAAUAUGUAUUGUGUAUGUACACAACAAACCCACAAUUGGAUUCACGUUAAAAGCUGACAAUAUUAAAUUAACAAUAUUAAAGUACAAAAUGGAAAUUUACAUUACAUUUGUACGUAUUGUUAAAAUGUGCAAUAAAUACCGAUUCUAUCGAGCAUUGUAAUCUA